UAAUCACGGAAUUGUCGCCCCCGAUGUUGCAGCCCGAGCUCGUGGCCAGGGAGGGCUACCCCAUCGAGCUGCACAAGGUGGAGACGGACGACGGCUACAUCCUGGAGGUGCACCGCAUCCCGCUGCCCGGCAGCAAGAAGCCUCCCGUGUACCUGCAGCACGGCAUCCUCUGCUCGUCGUCCGACUGGGUGAUCGCCGGUCCGGAAAAGGGUCUAGCGUACAUCCUGCACCGCCUCGGCUACGACGUGUGGAUGGGCAACUUCCGGGGCAACCGCUACUCCCGCUCGCACCGCGACCGCGACAACAUGGACCCCGACCGCAACGUGCGCCAGUUCUGGGACUUCAGCUUCCACGAGAAGGGCGUGUACGACGUGCCCGCCACCAUCGACUACAUCCUGGAGCGCACGGACCACUCGGACCUCAUGUACAUCGGCCACUCCAUGGGCACCACGGCCUUCUUCAUCAUGCUGAGCGAGCGGCCCGCCUACAACGUCAAGGUGCGCUCCAUGAGCGCGCUGGCGCCCGUCUCCUACAUGACCCAGGUUCAGUCUCCUCUGCUCAGGGUGGCGGCGCUGCUGAGCACCCCGCUCGGCGCCGCGGCUAACCUGGUCGGCAUCCGGGAGUUCCUCCCCAACAACCUGCUCUUCACCCUGGCCGGCCAGGUGCUGUGCAAGGAGAGGGCCAUCACCCAGGCGCUGUGCUACAACAUCAUGUUCCUGUGCACGGGCUUCAACUCGCCGCAGCUAAACCUGACCCUGCUGCCGACGCUGCUCGCGCACAUGCCGGCCGGCGCCUCCGUCAAGACGCUCAUCCACUACGGCCAGCUGAUCCGCAGCGGGACGUUCCGCCGCUACGACUACGGCCUGGUGCGCAACCUGUGGCACUACGGCUCGACGCGCCCGCCCGCCUACAACCUGGACAACGUGCGCGUGCCCGUGAGCCUGCACUACAGCGACAACGACUGGGUGUCGGGCCCGCGCGACGUGCACGCCCUGUACGACUCGCUGCCCAACCGCAACGGCCGCUUCCGCGUCAAGCUGCCCCAGUUCAACCACGUGGACUUCCUGUGGGGCGUGGACGCGCCCUCGCUCGUCUACGACACGCUCACCGAGAUCCUCGAGUCGCAGGCCACGCGCUCGCCGCCCACUCGCCGGUAGGGCGGCCACACGCGGACCCGCACUGCUGUGGCCAGAAAUCAAGAAGCUCUCUCCCUGCUGGGCGCCCCGCGCGUCGUCCCCCCGCGGUGUGUUGUCCCGCGCCGUCGCGCCGGGCGCCUGCAGGUGCCCCGCUCGCCUCCCCGCCGAGGGGCGGCUGUUGCCGUCCGCGGGGAGGAGGGGUGUGGCUGGGGUCCGCCCCGGCACCAAAACAUACGCGAUGCAAUGCAUGCUGAUGCACUUUCAGGUCUUGGUUGAGACGUUCAAGUGUCAGAGUCGUUCCUACUGCGGAGACACUUUGGGACGGAUUGUUCAUCGUCAUUGUAGAAAAAGAAAGUGUGGAAUCGCGCUCGCUCUAUGGCUUGUAUUUUAUUUCUGAAUGUGCUCAUUGUAUAAUUGCAUGUAUGUAAACUGAUAUCGCAUACGGUAUGAGUUCCACUAGUCAAGUUUGGCUGUGCUUGCUGCGUCAAGACUGCCUUAGGUAGAUGAUGUGAGGAGAAUGUAUGCGCUGGUAAUUUGAAGUUGAUGACAAGUCUGCUUCUUUUUUCCCAGAUAUAUGGUGGCAUUUACCAUCUCUUUUGUGUGCCAUUUACUCUAGGUAUAUUAUUU